GCUACAACACAACGCAACAUUUGGACUUUUGAAAACAUCACAAUUUCAACAAGACUACUCUCUACCGACAACUCAAUUCAUAAUCAAAUGAAAGCCUAUUCACACAGCCUCUUGUUUCCAUCAGUAUUCUCCUUCUCGGGUAUAUUGGACGAAGAUGAGUUUUACUCUGAUCUUAAUGCUGCUUCAAUUUCUGUCUGUGACCCACUCAGCUGGCAUCCAAAAACACGCGUUGAGGAAUGAUUCCACUGAACUAAAUGGAGAGGUCCCAAAUGUGCAUGUUGUGUCAGUCUUGUGGACAUGUGAAAAAGACAAAGUUGUAGAUUGGGAUAAGGGAGACACAGAGCCAAGGUAUUAUACUAGAUUAAAUAAGACUAAACUCAACAUGGACACCUGGGCUCUAACUAUCUCUGACCUGCAGCCGACAUGUCAUGGCCGAUAUGCACUUCAAAUCAAUGGUAGAGAAACAGCCAAGUCUUAUCAACUGACUGUAUUAGAACCUGUUUCUCAGCCAGAUAUCAGCCAUGCCUGUGACCCGGAAGGCUGUAACUUCACCUGUAAAGGAGCAGAUAGUACUCACACAGAGUACAGCUGGACUGAUAACCAGGGGAGAAAUGAGAGAGGGUCUGUGCUGAUGGUGGAGAAGACUGAGGGACUCAAUGGGGUCUACACCUGUAACUUCAGCAAUCCAGUGAGCUGGAACACCAGCAGCAUCAGGGAGGGAGAGCUGUUCUCUGCAGAUGCUACAGAUGCUAAAUUGGCCAUUAUCCUGGGAUCUAUCACGGGUUUGGCUGCCCUGAUUGGAAUCGCAUGUUGCAUCAAAAAGAAGAGUAUGCAUAGAGAAGCUCACGUGAGACAAGAGCAGCCAGAAGAAUUUCCACUGUCAACAACUAACAAUCAGGCUCAACGGGAUGAACCAGAGGUCUGAGGUUGAAAAUCCAGUGCUAUCACCCAGGGAGAUAAUGAAGAUGCUGUAUGUGAAGGAAGAGGUGAAUGCAAUGCCAGAUCCAACUGAAGGCCCUACUGUAUAUUUAGCCUAUAUUUCAAGUAUUCCACUGUGCAAAGAGAUGUAUUUUGGACGUCCAAGUUUAGACUGUAACGCCAGAUGACGUCUUUUUUUUUCUAACGUGCCGUAUUGACAUCCACAGGACCUCUGUAUAGCAUCCAAAAAAGGUUACCUAGUCCUAUUGACGUCCAAAUGGGGUGGACAUGAUCUGCACAUCUAUCAAACGUCUAAUGUUUAGUGGGAUAGUAUCAAAAUCUUGACCCAUGUUUUUGAAGUACUGUAUUCCAAACAGUGGAGUGACAUCCAAGCAGCCACAGCGAGAUUUUGUCCUGUGAUUUGUCCUGCUUAUAGAACAAUACUAAAGGUGCUAUUUCUGCUGGAUUUUUGUCACAGCUAAGUAUGCAUGAAAGAUGGACCUUCUCAUGAAAUACACACACUACACACUUUUCUAAAAUAGCUAGACUGCGCCCAUAUGACUCUGUUGAACUAUUAGAAUGAUUUUAUGAUUAUGUGUAUUCUAUUGUAUAUGAUGACGAUGCAACGAUGAAGGGUCAGUAGUUACUGUACAUGCUGCAAAUACUGUGGUCAUGAAUGUGAAUGAUUUAUAGAUUUGUGUGCCACAUGGGUGUUAUUGGCUAAAGAACAUUACAUCUCAGUUUGUAAUCAUACUAUCUUACAUAUUCAGUGUAAUGUAGGCUAAACCUUUUUGGAUUAAAUAUAUCCAUCAAUGCCUAA